AUGUUUGAUGUUGGGUUGGCUCGUCGCUUUUCUGGCAGUCAGUCUGAUACGGAUCAAUUUUAUCGUCAAAUGGAGGCCAAAAAUCCCACAGAAAUAGCUAUGCAAGAAUUUGGCAGCGCUCGUCAACAUGCUGGUGUUGCCAGCCGUUCGGAAGCGACACUUUUUGAGGAUCUAAGGAGAGAGCGAUG